GCUUUAGCUUUUCUGAACUGGAAUAAAAUUAUGUACUAUACCUGUACCUUUUUUUUGUGGUUAAGCUGCUGUGUUGUUUGGUGGGCUACCCUUGCUUAUUUAAUUAUUACCUUGUGUUAUUCUCAUUAAGAGUAUUCUGGACUCCACUCGCUUUAUUUAUUUUGUAAUGGAAUGACGACAAUUAUUAUUUCUUUAUUUCACAAUUCUAUCUAUAAUUUGUAUCCUUUUUGUUUAUUUUAGCCAUUUUUAAAAGUAAGAGAUUUAGUUAAAUUCCUAUCUAAAAAUGCAACGUGAAGAGAAGCAGCUGGAAGUAACUCUUCAAGCAAUCCUGAACAGAGUCAAUGAUUUAAAAACUGCUAUCCAGGCACUUAUUGCUAAACUUGAAAAUGAGUACGAAACUAUCAACUGGCCAACUUUUCUGGAUAACUAUGCCAUAUUAUCUGGUCAUUUAACCGGCUUAAGUAAAAUUCUGCAAGCAGAGAUGGCUCCAUCCUUGCGAGCUUUAGUGGUCUUGCCUCUACAACUGGGUUGUGAGAGAGAUGAGGCGCUGUCGCGGCUCACCGAGGGCAGGGUGCCGGCUUGCACACAUGACUUGGUGCCGGAUCUGCUGCGCACCAAGCCUGAACCGCAGGCGGAGCAGAGGCUGCAGCAGUUCAACCAUAAAGCUAGCACACUUAGCUAUGACACUGCUCAGAAACAAGUAGCCCAAUUCACAAAAGUCGUCAACCAUGUUUGGGAGAUUAUAUCCAAGGGGCGAGAGGAUUGGGAUGGAGAGUCCAUGAGAUCACAAGGUAUGCAACCGACGCACAGCACCGGCGACACGCACGCGCUGGUGACGGCGGUGGGUACGGGCAAGGGGCUGCGGCCGGGCUUGGCGCCGCUCGGGGUCGGCGGCGGCGCGCUCGGCCCGCGCGGCCCGCCCGGCCCGCCGCCGCCGCCCGGCCCGCAGGCCGUCGCCAUGCCGAAAGCGCCCUCCGCGAUUAAGACCAAUAUCAAGGCCGCCAAUCAGAUACAUCCCUAUCAACGAUAA